AUGACCACUGAAGGUAAGGAUUAUUGGACUAAUAAAUAAUGAGAACAAUGUGUUUUUAGACCAACUGAUUGCCAAUGUUUUCAAUAAUGUAAACUUGCCACCUGUCAGAUACAAUUCCGUCGGAGACGAACCGACAGAGGUCCCGGUGCCAAAACGACGAUCUGAAGCAAAACCUCGCCACUCCCGUCAGGGAAGCCAGGCAAGUCAGGUCAGUAGGGCUAGCCGAAAGACAGAACAGUUGGAAAAGCAAGUUGAAUUGAGGACCACAGAGUUCUUUCGGGAUGCAAAUGGAACCGCGACGCGAGACGAGAUUAUCACCGAAAUUCGGCCUGUAUCCAAGUCCGGAUCAAGAGUCAGCACGGCUUCCGAAUCCUCUGACUCAACCAUCAAAGCCGAGCCGGUCGAUAGCCGUGGUUACAAUACAGUGCACGUAGUGAAAGAGACUCAGGAAGUAACCACAACCAUUGCUAAUUCGAGUAAUGGCAAUACUACUGCAACUAGUAUUGUGGCUGGUGAAACAAAGGAAAACAAGGUUCCAGUGGACCCAUCUCCAAUUGACCUGGAGCAAGUCUUCCAGGUGGGGGAGAGUCUUAAGGGCCGGUUAUUAAUCGUAAAUAAUGUAAAAAAAGAAUUUCUUUAGGGAAUUCCAGCACGUCAAACUUCAGUAUCGGUACAUUCUCGGUCUUCAAACCAACGAGGCAUCGGCCGCCAUCUCAGCCAAUCUGAGCAAAAAGAUAUUGAGAAAGAAAUUGACGAGUUGGACGCCACUUAUCGUCGCAUCAGUUCUACGACACACGACACGUCUGUGGCGGGGGAAUACAAUUUACGACGCGAUUCGGUACGCAGUCUAAACUAUGUGGUCGGAACUAUCCGUACUUUUAGCAAAGAAGCCACGGCUCAUACGUUUCCGAUCGUGCGCACUUGACUAGCCAAACCGAGCCUCAGGACCAUAUUUACGAUGAAGUGCCAUACGAACAGCACUUGCAACAGACUGCUCAAAAUGGUCAUCAUAACACUGAACCUCCAAGUCCGCCGCGACAUCAGCGGCAACGCUCGAGUUCGUCGGAUUAUGUCGUCUCUACCUUUGACGACGCGGAUAUCCAAGAUAAAGUCCUAAAAGAGAUUGGUUGGAAAGUCGACGACUUCGCGAAGUACGACACCGUCAGAUCUACGAAGAGUAGCGCUAGUUCUAGGGGAAACGUCCGAAUCACAAACGAGGUGCAACCAACAGCCACUUACGUAUCACCUUUGAGCGGGGCGACAGCUAGAACAUUGAAGACUGGGCCACCAAAGUUGCCAGAUCACGCGGAACAGGGCAUAAUCUUGGGUGGGAUUGGGCAAAGGAUCCAAACGCAUCAUGAGAUCGGUCAUGGUGCUCGAGUAAGUGUGCUUUAUCUUCUUGACAAUUACCGUGUGUAUGUCUCCAUAAAACCAAAACUUGGCUUUUCGCCGUAUUAUCUAGAUUUGUCAUAAAAGUUUUUAUUCCUCUUUCAAACCAAUGUUGAUUCAUUUACGGAUAGUUAAAACCUUGAUAAUUCCUUGAAAGGGGUUUUCUGCCACUCCCCAAUAAAGUCCGAGUUUGGAAGGCGUUUUAUUCAUUCUCGUACUGAAGAGAUCCUUUGUUCUCUUCAUAAUAUAUUGCCGAAAGGGAGGUACUGUUAGUUUAUGCUGUAAAAUUUAUGUCCGGAAAUAUCAACUUUGCUCAUUGGAGGACGGUAAAUUUUUAGUUUUCAGCCUUUACAAAAAAAAACAAUAACUCUAGCUUUUUACUAAUCCGUUAUCUACAGGUCUCCGACCACGUUCAUCUUCCUCCGAAACAGCCAUCUUUCCGUUCAAGCCUAAAGACCUAUACACCUCCAACUCCAGCUGCUCCAAUUGCUCAUUCUCAGCCAAGAGCUUCUGUAGUCCAACGUCAGACCAGCAUUCCAAACUCGCCCAAGGUAUCCGGCAUUCCCAAAAAGCCAACCCAGUCCAUUCGCAACGUUGCACAAACCAGAAGUUAUCAGAAGGAUGAUGUUGAAGAAAACAAGAACAUCUACCUUGAGAAGAAUGAUGAGGUAAACAUCUCCUUCCAUCUAUGUGGUCGUCAUGAAAUCAAAAAAGCCAGGAAACAUCUCAAGAAGGUUCAAAUCUAUGAACCAAUCCCUGAACUGAUUCCUCAACUGGAAGAACAGUUUUUGACCUACCGACAGCAGCAAAAGUAUGAGCAAGAGCUGCUGAAGAAACAGGAAGAAGAAUAUGAAAGGAAUCGUCAACAAGAAUUGGCCUACCAACAGUCGCAAUAUCAAGCGCAAGCGCAUGAACCGAAGGGCCCUCUUCAGGUUCAACUGGAAGAUGAAAACAACUUUAGUUAUUACCGAAAGGGCCAUGUCCACGUCGAGCAGCCAGUCUACCAUAAAAAGGAGAGGGAAAUGAUCAAUUUCGACGAGUUGACUGCAUUAGAAAAGGCGCUGCUGAAGCGACGAUUGAUCGAAGAGAAUCACGUCGAAAAUGAAAAGAUUGUCACUGUAAACCUAUAUAGCCAAAGCAAUGGAAAUCAAGCGGAUGGAAAUGGGCAGGGUAAGAGCUAGUUUCUGUCUGCAAACUUCAGUUCGAAAGACGAUUUCUGCUUGGCGGGUCAAAGGUCUUGCAUGUUUUCAACCCCCCGCAAGCGACCUCCCCCUCCCCCAAACCUUUUGGGCAUGAUAUUGUCCUCAACAAAGCAAAGCGAUUCAAUUUUCGAAGGCGCUGUAAAUUAGAGCUGGCUAACCCGAUUGCUUUUUUUGAAACAUGCAUUUCCUCUUGUUGCCUAAGGCAAAAACAACACAGAUGUUUACGAUGAAGAAAUUUUUUGAGAAAGAACUUCCGUUUUGUUUGGGCGAGCUGUCCAUCCUUUCCCGCAGACCGUAAAAAAAUUUAAAAUGGAAGGUAAAAUUUUUUUGAUCUCAUUAUUACAUGUGUGAUCUUGUUCUGAGGCUUUAGCCGCUGUUGGUAAUUUUUAUUAGAGGAAUAAUAAAAGACGUUUUCAGUUAAUGGACAUGAGACCGCUUGGUACAAUAAACAGGUCUCCCGGCAAAGCAGCAACUCGACUCUGUCCAGUCAUGCGCAUGGACAUUCAGGAGUGCAUCACCAACACAAUCAAGGAAUCACGCGAGAGCAUGAGCAGCGAGAAAUCCAUGGCAAACACGAGCACUACCCGAGGGAACACAAAUGCACUUGCGAGCAUAACCAAAACCAGAAUGUCUACGAUUCUAUUCAAACCGAAAUAGAAGAGUCUUCCAUUCGACCGGUAAAUGUUUUGAAAAAACAAUUUGAUCCCCAUGCCAAGGAAACCUCAAGACCGGAGAGCAGACGUAGCGUCGUUGAAAGCGGAGAUCUGAGCGAUGGAACUCUGCAAAGCGGUGGCUCAGUUCGGAAGGGUAUGUUCCUUAUACUUGCAAGUGUCAAAGCGUUGCUUUGUCAAUUUCAGUGGAACACAACGUCGUUCGUAAUAUCGUCGCUCACGAGAUCCAUGACCUCGUAAUUUGCCCUCUAUGCCAGCUGGAAGAUCGUCGGCGCGAAUUGGACAAUGAAUCUGUCAUUUCUUUCCCGACUACAAUUUACGAUCAAAUCGAUUAA